CGACUCCAAAUGGAUGAAAUAUUAUGUCGGAAUCCUGUUUCUCUCCGACACUGUGAAUUCCGUCUUCAGUAUGUGGUUUAUCUACAACGUGCUCAUUAAUCACUUUGGAAGCCUCAAGGCAGUCGAAUUAGCCAACUGGCUGUUUGAAACAGGGAAAUUCCAUGCAUGUUUCGCUUAAUUCCUAGGUCUUAUCUGAAGGAUCCUUUAGAAGAGGCUAUGGCGGGGAUUAUCGGGCUUCAAGUUCAGCUAUUCUAUGCGUGGCGCAUUCGCCAGCUGACGGGGAAGAAAUGGCUUGUGGGGCUCAUUGUCGCUUUGUCUGUGAUUUCAUGCUUGAUGGCGCUCGGAAUGUCAAUUGGCAUCGCAUUUAGACCUGAGAUUACAGACUUAAACCAUUACAAGCAAUUUGUCAGUACUUGGUUGGCUUCGGCUGCUUGCGCCGACAUCACGAUUUGCGUCUCACUAAUCUAUCACCUGCACACCCGUCGCACGGGCCUGCGUCGUACAGAUACAUUGAUCACUAGGAUUAUACAGCUCACCAUGUCUAAUGGUGUACUUACUUCAAGCUUCGCCUUGACCGCCGUCAUUGUAUUCUUCAUUGACAGCGGCGGUUUGCACCUUGCUUUUGUUUAUACGUUGUGCAAGUUGUACAGCAACUCAAUGAUGUCUAGCCUGAAUUCACGGGACAUGUUGUCCACGGUGUUGACGGCGCCUGACUCAACAUUUCAGGUGGCACCUCCACCGAUGGAUUCCAAUCGCCUGGUGUUUAGAGAUGCCAAUAGCUCAACGACGCAGGUGGUUGUUGAUCCGGAAUCUCAUGAAAUGAUUGACAUGUCUUGCCGGGUUCUCGACCUUUCUGGAGAUACUGCGAGUGAUCUAAAGGUGGAAGCUGUGGUGUAACCUUGCAGCGACGGAGACGUGUUGCUUUUGGAACAGCGGGUAGGCUUAGAAUCGUCGUCGGAAUUGUCUGAAUCAUGAAGAUGUUCAAGGCUACGAGAGACCGUGCUCUGUUCUCUACUAUGGAAUCUAUAUAAAUUCU